CUUCAAAACAAACUACAGUUUGAUAGUGUCUGCUGAAUGAAUACAUUUUAAAGGAUGUAUCUACUUGAUAUGCAGUUAUGGCCCCCUCUCCUUUUAUUUUAGUUGGAAGUCGGUGUUCGUCGUCAUCUCUCAUGUCACCAAUACAAUGUCGACGAAGGCGAUGAAGAUGACGACGCCUUUGAACUCUAGACACACUCGAUGCCAUUCCAAUUGUUCCCUUCUGUCUUGCAAUUGCUUAUAUCAUCAAAUCUACCACCAUAAGAUAUAAACACGAUGCUUCUUGUCACAAUGUCGACGAGAUAUGUCAAGGAGACAACUUCGUUGGCAACGAUCUAUCCUACCGACUGUUCGCAAUACAGGUAUUAUUUCCUCGGUUUGAUGACUGGGAUAGUGAGGCGCCUGCAAUUAGGCAGAAGACUUCCAGGAGUAACUUCCAGGAGUAACUCCAGAGUAACACCCAAACCAUGCCUCAGCCUGGCUCUUCCCUCUCACGCUCUCAAGACGGAGACGCGACAUCUCUACAUUCAUUUGUAUUUAUGCCAUACGUAAAACCCAUCACAAUCCCAUUGAAAAAAGCAAUCAUGACACAAAUCCUUCUAAUUGUUUGUGCGCGGCGGGAAGCUCGGAAAACCACAUUACUUGGCACUGCGCCUCACAACAAGUUGUAUCCAUCAUCCAUCA